AUGUACGAAUUCCACCGCGAGGUGAAGCUCAACCAGGGAGCCGGAGGGUCCUUUUCGAACAACAUUUCUGUGCAUUAUCACGAGGGCAAAAAUAUCACUUAUGGAUCGGUGUCGCACAGGAGUACGGUGAGCGUCUUCACAUGGGACCUAAAACUUGAAAAUAUCACACAAGAAAACUGGCCAGUUCGAGAUGUCAAUACGGAUAGGCAGUGUAUGGUAAUUCAGGCAAAAUUCGUCCACCCAAGCUGCCGAACAAAUCCACUCCUUGUCAUGGCUACGAACACAGGAGCUAUGGUGUACUGCGCAAAAUCGCAGAAACUGUUGGCCUGGAACCCGCUUGAUAUUGCUAUGUCAGAAGUAUUAGUAUGCAACGAGUCGACCCUCUUCACAAAAGGCAUCACAUGGGUUGACAACACCGUACUUGUCGGCUCGUACACCGGCGAGAUUCUGGUGUUCCAGUGCAGCGGGGAGAAUAGUGUGAAUGUGAAGAAGCCGUUGAUGGAGCACCGAGAACCGAUCUGCGAUCUCGCGACCUGCCGAUUUGACGACCUGACCUGUUCGGCGGAUAUGGGCGGAACUGUGAUAGUUUGGGGCACGAAGUGCAAGAGCGCUGCGAAGAAGAUUAGUACAGAGCAGCCCAUCAACGCCAUCAACGUCCUGCGAAAACAGUGCAUAGUCGGAACGAUUCGAGGAAAAAUGCUGCUCUACGCGACGCAGAACGGCGCCCUAAUGGCGGAAAUUGACUGUCAUUGCCGGGCAGUUACGCAGAUUUCCGUGGCUCCGGAGAGCGCCUAUAUUUUAACCGGCGGCGAAGACGGAACUUACCGGAUCUUCAAGUUACAUACCAGGAAACCGGAUGCGUAUCAGGUAGAAUGGCGGCACUCAGACUCGAUCCCCGACGAGAUGCUCUCCGGAUGCCAAUUUACGAAUGGUAGAGGCUCAGGGAUUGUUUUUGUAUCGUACGACCAUGGCGGGGUGCUCUUCUACCGUAUUGCCAAGAAGGGAAGGCCAGACGAUAAAGAGGAAAAACCUCCAGUUCGAGAAGUUCAAGAAGAACCGGAAGCACCCCCGCCUUCGGAGGCA